AUGGCGAAAUUUUUACGCCUUAACAUCAGAGGAAUUCGAAGUGUUGGCGAUGAAGACCACCAUGUCCACAAAAUCGAAUUCUUGUCUCCUUGUACACUCAUCAGUGGACCCAAUGGAACUGGAAAAACUACCACAAUCGAAGCUCUCAACUUUGUCACAACUGGUCAGAUGCCCACAGCGAAAAAACAAGCAUUUAUUCACAGUACUGAUGUUGCUCGAAAAACUCGUGUAGAUGCAUCAGUCGUUCUAGAGUUCAUCGAUGUCAAAGGUCGAGUGUGUACUGCUGUGCGACGACUCGUCGCCACUACUGGAACCAAGAACGCUGCGCAGGCUGAAGAACAUACGUUGGCAAUCAAGUAUCCCGAUGGUACAACGCAUACACUAAAUAGCAAAGUCUGUGAUUUCAACAAAGCAAUUCUUCAUCAUCUCGGAGUUCCGAGAGCUAUUUUUAAAUAUGUUAUCUUCUGUCAUCAGGAAGAAUCGACAUGGCCGCUCAGUGAGCCGAAGGAGCUCAAGAAGAGAUUUGAUGAAAUCUUUCAACUAACAAAAUUUGUGAAAGCUCAGGAAAGAAUGAAGAAGAUCGUUUCAGAUUUCGGAAAAGAACUUAAAACUCACGAAGUACAGAAACAAUUGUAUGAAACUCACGUAAAAGACAAGCUGAUUACUCGACGGACUCACGAUGAAUGUAUCAAAAAAAUCACAGAAGGGAAGGAAUCUUCAACAAAGCUUAAACAGCAAAAAACUCAAGGGUUCAAGAGAAGCGAAGAGCUGAAAGUUACUAUACAAGAGUUAGAAGAUGUUAUUCAUUCUAUGAAGAAAAAUGAAUCUGAAAGAGACAAUCUGCGAAAGCAACUCGCCCUCAUACGUGUUGAACCCUAUUGCGGAACAGAAGAAGAGUUGAAUCAGCAAAUAGAAGAGUUGACAGGUUCUGAUGGUCGCAAUUAUGGUGACGAGCGUGCAAAAAUCGACAAAAAGAUUGCUAGAAACAACCAAGAGAAACAGGAACUUUCUAGAAAUAAGACUGAACUAGAGAACAAAAUUUCAAGUCUCAAAGCGGAAGCUAUCCAUUGCGAGUCAUUGAAACGAGAUCUUCAAUUAUCGGAUUCCGCUCUUCGCGCUGAACUUGGUCUAGAAGAUAGUACAAAUCUUGAAAAUGAGAUUGAUCACGCUAUUGACUCAAACAUUCAAGGCAUGAUUCAGAAAACUCAAUCAGUUGUCAAAACGUUCACAACUCUUCAAUCUGAUUUACGGUCUGCACAAGAAACUGUUACAAAAAUUGAAGUAGAAUUGAAAGGAAUGCACAAUGAGCGAGUGAAAUUGGAGAGAGAAGUGGAACAAUUGAAAUUGAAAAUCAAGCAAGGAGAGAACGCAACAUCAGGAAUGAAAGAUUUAUUGAAGAAAGAAGAAACAAUUCGUAAAAAUUUGGAGAAACUGCCUGAUUUGGAUGAAGAAGCACUGAAGGAUUGCAAGUUUCAAAGAGAUAAGAUUCAGAGAGAGUUGGAUGCACUCAAAAAAGAAUGUUCAAGUGCCGAAAAGAAUGCUGAAAAUGACAAAGAGAGAGCUAAUCUACAACAAACAAUUUCCAUUGCUCGAAAAAAGAUGACCGCGUUCCAGAGAAAGCACGAUAAAAACUGGAAAGGUCUUCUUGGACACGUUCCGGAAUUCCCAUGGAUUCAACCACUAACAAAAGCUUUUACCAAACUUCGAGAAGACAGAAAAACAAUGGAAGAAGAUCUUCGGGAUGUACAGUUAAAUAUGCAAAAAAUGGAAACAAUGGAGCAACAAUACAGAAAGCAAGAAGAGACUUUAACAAUUCAAGAACUUCGAAUCAACGAAGAGAUUUUCGACGUUUCUUCGUGUGAACCAGAAGAAGUUUCUGGAAAACUAGAAGAUCUACGAAAGCUGUUGAAGAAGGCGAGAAAGGAUUUGGCACCAAUUAGUGCGAAAUCUGAUAUCUAUGAUUCAUAUAUUGAAGAAACUAAAACCAGUGGAUGCUGUCCACUCUGUGAGCGUGAUUUCUCCACAAAGAAGGAAAUCACUGCUUUCUCAAAAAGGCUUCAGAAUAUGACUUUGAAUCUACCUGCAGAACAAGAAGAACUGGAAAGAAAAGUAGCUCAGAUGGAGAAGGAAGAAGUUAGUCUUGUGAAAGCCGAAGGACAAGCAAAAGAGUUGCAGAAAAUUGUGAAGGAUCUCAAGGAAGUUCGUGAAAAGAACAUAAUAAACUCUCGUGAGAUGAAAGAGGAAAAAAAGAAUGUUGAAACUAAUGAAGCUCAGCUCAAUGCAAUAAACACCAAGUUACAGUUUGCAGAAGAGCUUCAGGCUGACGUUGGAGUUAUACAACAACUUUCUGAUCAGACACAUGAUAAUGAGCGACGGCUUGAGCAGUUAACUAGUGAAACAACCUUUUCGGAUGGUCCGAGUUACACCGAACUUCGAGAGAAAGUAGAACUGAAGGAGAAAGAAUACCGACGUGUUGUCCACGAAGGAGAAGAACUUCAGAAAUCUACGGAAGAGAGGAACAGACUUCAAUCGAAGUUGAAUGAACUUGGUACUCACAGAGUUUCUCUUGGAGAGGCUGCUGCACAAGCUGGUGCUUUUGCUGAGCAGCUUGAAAAGAAGAAACAAGAAAUCGAGAAAUGCGUUAGUGAUAUGAAACAAAAGAAGGACGACGAUCUGCCAGAUGCCAAAAUGACACUAGAAGAAUUAAGCCGGCAAGUUGCAGAACACGAUAGUCGAAGAAAAAAAGUUGAAUUGGAGGUGCAAUUGAAAAAGAAUGAGCUAGAACAGAUGCGUAAGCAAUGGGAAUAUCUCAAACGAAGUGUGCAAGAAAGUGGAAAAAGCGAACGAAAACUCGCCGAGCAAGAACAUAACUUCAGAAUGGUCAAUGAACGUCUGGCAGAAAAUCAACAGCGGCAGAAGCGAUUCGAAGAUGAUCUUCGUUCAUUCGAUAGCUCUCAUCAACAAGAACUCACUCUCAAAGAUCAACUCACAAGAAUGAAAAUUGAACGAAAGUUGCGAGAUGUCGAAAAUAAAUUGAGAAGCUUUGAAGGAAAAGUUGAUGAGGAGAAAAUUGCAGAGUUGAGGAAAGAAUACAUACAGAUCCAAAAUGAUUUAAGGUUAAUUGGAAACGAAGAAGUGAAAGUGUACACCCAGGUACAAGAAUAUGAAAAGCAACAGAAGAUUGCUGAACAGAAAUUGUCGACAAAAGAAUGUCAACGAGCCGAACUCAAUUAUCGAGAUGCUAUCAUAGAAAUAGCUCUUGUUAAAGAAUCCAUCUCUGAUUUGGAAAAGUAUCGAAAGUGUCUCGAUGUCUCACUAAUCCAAUUUCAUACUGAAAAGAUGACAGCGGUCAAUGUGAUUAUUGAUGAAUUGUGGCGGAAAGUUUACAACUCAACUGAUAUCACUACAAUCAGAAUCAGAUCUGACGCUGCAUCUGAAACAACUUCCAAGAGAGCAUAUGAUUACAAUGUAAUGAUGGUUCAAGAAAGUGGUGCUGAAGUAGAGAUGCGUGGACGUUGCAGCGCUGGACAAAAAAUGCUCGCCUCUCUUCUGAUUCGAAUUGCACUUGCUGAAGUUUUCGGUGGAUUGUGUUCAAUGAUUGCAUUAGAUGAGCCGACUACUAAUUUGGAUGAGGGAAAAGUCGAUGGAAUGGCAAAUGUGCUCAGUGAUUUGAUUGCUGCUAGACGUAGUUAUGACGAAGAUGGUAAUGUGAGAGGAAGAGACAUGCAGAUGGUCAUCAUCACUCACGACGAACGACUUGUCAAUAAAAUCACUCUUGGUUGCCGUCCAGAAUACAUUUAUUGCCUGGGGAAGGACGAACAUGGAGUCAGUUUCCUGUCAAAGCGAUACCCAGAUGGAUCGGAGAAACGAGUUAAUACAAUUCAUAGACGAUAG